AUGGAAGAGACCAAAUCCAAGUUCAAGAGGAUUUGCGUGUACUGUGGAAGCAGUUCCGGCAACAAAGCUAGCUACCAAGAAGCUGCUGUAGAACUAGGCAAGGAACUGGUUGAGAGAAGGAUUGAUUUGGUCUAUGGAGGUGGUAGCGUGGGGUUGAUGGGUCUCGUUUCUCAGGCAGUUCAUGAUGGUGGGCGCCAUGUUCUGGGCGUUAUCCCAAGAAGUCUCAUGCCAAGAGAGAUAACUGGUGAUCCUAUUGGAGAAGUGAGAGCCGUAUCUGAUAUGCAUCAAAGGAAAGCUGAGAUGGCUCGUCAAGCCGAUGCCUUCAUUGCCCUUCCUGGGGGAUAUGGAACCCUUGAAGAAUUGCUUGAAAUCAUUACAUGGGCUCAGCUUGGGAUCCACAGCAAACCGGUGGGGCUAUUGAAUGUGGAUGGAUUUUACAAUUCCCUGUUGUCUUUCAUUGACAAGGCCGUUGAUGAAGGCUUUAUUUCUCCAAAGGCACGUCGCAUUAUCGUGUCAGCACCCACAGCCAAACAAUUGGUGAGGGAGCUUGAGGAACAUGUACCUGAGCGAGAUGAAGUUGUAUCCAAGUUGGUGUGGGAAGAAAGACUAAAUUACGUGCCUGAAUCAGAAGUUGCCAUGUGACCCAUCUAUGCGCUUAGUGGGCGAUUGAUGAACAUCAUGGAUUUUGGGUCUCCUAUAUUUUUGUUCUUAAAUGUAUUUUGGGUACAUAAUAGUCUCUAUAUAUGGGCAUAGGAACCGUAGGCUAUACAGCAUCUUCUUUUUUUUGUUUUUUCCCACUUAUAUUGAU